UACAGGCUUUAGAUAGGCAUAUAUACAAAAAAAAACAGCUGCAGGUUGAGCUGAAAAUAGCCCCCUCAGUCUGCAGAGAAGAGACUCAAAUCCACAAAGCACUGGUUUCAGGGGCUGCCAAGCAGGAUGAGCAGCCCCAGAGCUAGAGACAAGUACCAGCCAGCCUGCAAGAUGCUGGCCCUCUGCUUGCUGCCGCCGCUGCUGCUGCUGCCCUUGGGGGCCGCCACUGCCCUCUUCCCAGAGGGCAGCCUCGCCGGCCACGAGAGCGGGCACAUGCAGGAAGUGGCAGAAAUAAAGACAAACAGCCUGUUGACUUUGCUUGCGUGGUGGUACGAGUGGGCCUCCCAGGCCAGGGCAGUGCCCUUCGUAGGAGGGGAAGCCAGCGAGGCAUCCAAACGGCAGGAAGGCGCACCCCUCCAUCAGUCCACACGCCAAGAUACAACACCCUGCAAGAAUUUCUUUUGGAAGACCUUCUCCUCCUGCAAGUAAAACCCCACCCAUAACUACUCGUGCAAAGGAGUGUAACAGUGGAUCUGAAUAAAAUGUAUUCAUAAGCA